CUGGACUUCGCGACGCUGGGGUAACAUCACCUGAACCCGUCCAGGUGUCUGCUUUGCCUUCAACCAUCGGCAAGCAGGUUAUCCUCAGCCUUCGCGACCCUAGCUCAUUAGAAGCCAGGACACAACUCAUGUCCUGCGACUUCUAAGCAUAGCUCUUGCGAACGACGCUCCUCGCGACAGCGAGUAACGUCCCUGAACCAUUGGGGCGUUAAAUUCGCUUCACGAAGCAGGCCGGCCACAACUCUCAGACCUUUCCUACAUCUUCUAGGUUGCAGUAUUACAUAAAAGUAUACUUACAGCACCGCAACCAUUUCACCUUCCGCAACAUUCCUAACUUUCGUAGACAACAGCAGCACGCGAUCAUCUAUUGAACUUUUUGAGGUCAUUACAAUGUCAUGUCCACAACGACGAGUGGAGUGGCUUCAACCGGCGCUGCUGGUGCUGCUUGCUUGCUGGUGUGCAUUGCCUCCAGCCAUGGCCAGUCGCUACCAAGCGACCGGAAUUUUAACCGUUGUGGAUACGUCGUACACGAACGGUGACCACCGGUCGGACUACAUGCUACUUGUGGAGGACAGUGGAAUCUUUUCCCUGGUCGCUUCUUCCGACCUACGCAUGUUUGACGGACUUGCCUCGGGGGGACAAGUAACUGUGACGUCUCGCAAGGCGCCGGAACUAGGUGUCCCAUGGGUCAUUGACGAGCUGGACGUUAUCUUGUCUCCGCCGCCUCCCCACGCCCCCAACCCUCCGCCGUCUCCACCGCCUCAUCCGCCUCCUCCUCCGUUUCCCCCGCCUUCUAAAAAGGCGAGCACCCGAGCAUCCAGCAUCGACCUUUCAGCCUGGAAUCCGGGUGUGGAUCUGAAUGAAGUGAUUCCGGAUCCACCCCGGGUCGUACGAGAUCUGCCGACGCUGUUUAUCCUUUUGGAUCUAUGCGGAAAAGGCGGCGGUACGGCAACAAAUGCAUCGGCCCUAGCAAAUAUGAUGUUUAGCGGCCUAACUCCCAUGUCGGAUUACAUCGCAACCUGUUCGUACGGCAAGGCGAAGUUUGACCAGUCAAAUAGCCGGAUCAUAACCGUCAAAUUGCCGUGCAACGGUACCGGCCACGUGACUAAAAUGCCUUGGGACAGCAACAGCUGCAGUCGGGACAACCUGUUUAACUGGAUGUACGAAGUGGAAUGGUACAUUGACAACGUCUUGAAACCGCUGGACUGGAAUCACAGGCGCUACCGGCACCACAUCAUCAUCACCCCGCCACACAUGACGGAAUGGGCCGGGUCCGACUGCAAUUGGAGUGGAAUGGGGUCCAUUGGAAUGUCCAUGGGAACAUGGUCGUAUGCAUGGAUCUCGGGGGAUAGCUGGCAGCAGAAGCAGGUCUACUUACAUGAGAUGGGGCACAACUAUAACCUCAUGCAUGCGGCAACCCUGGAGGCGGGUAGCCCCGAGUCAUGCUCUCACUGCGACUGGUCUUCGGCCAUGGGCUACUGCUGUGACACGCGGUGCUUGGCGCCGCCCCAAAACUACCAGCUAGGAUGGGCCAAACCGGCAGCCACGGUGAAUGAAACGCGGCUGGGAAAGGGCAACACGCUGGCAUAUGAGUUGCCGUCUCAGAUUCUGUCGGAUGCGAAUUACCUCAAGGUGACAACCAGCUGGCUAGACAGCUCUUCCGUCGCUGCAGACACCGUCAACCAGUUUGGCGGCCCCUCCUAUUACAGCCCGGCAAACGCAACAUUCAUGUUUUCGUACCGCUUGGACUUUCCGGAUUUUGAUGAGUUGCCUGCAGGGUACUCGGGCGGAACCAACGUGCAUCUGUUUACGGUCAGCAGUCAAACUGAUCUGAAAGAUUCGGUCCAUAUCGCUUUGCUCACGGAUGACAACCCGGUUUGGACCGAUCCCUCGGGUACGCUGGUUGUACGGCAGGUCGCCUCGGAUAGCGUGAGCGCAAUCGUGACGUUGUGCCGUCCUGAGGCGGCCGCAGAGACGACAUUUGAAAUGUGCACCGACUUUGCCGACAACGACUGUGAUGGCUUGGCAGAUGCUGACGACCCCGAUUGCGCCGAGUUCUACCAACCGCCGCCUCCGCCACCUGACAUACCCUCCUCCCCUUCGAAACUUCUGCCGCCACCGCCACGGAAAUCCCCGCCGCCGCCGCCGCCGCCAAAGCGGCCGCCGCCGUCCCCGCCGCCGCCAAAGUCACCGCCGCCGCCGCCCUCACCCAGGCCCUCACCUCCACCCCCGCCCAAGCGCUCUCCACCUCCGCCGUCGCCGCCGCCAUCGCCGCCGCCGUCACCGCCGCCGCCAACACAACCUGCCAAACGCAUGCCGCCACCUUCAACUGCAGGGAAGAAGAAGCCGCCGCCACCACCGCCUCUGCCGCCGCCGACUGGAUCGAAGAAGAAGCCGCCGCCGCCACCGCCACCUUCGCCGCCGCCGCAGAAAGCAUCCAAGCCGCCGCCACCUUCCAAUAAGAAGCCCCCUCCGAAGCGAGUAGCUAGGCUUCGCUCCUUUACGUAGGGCGAAAGCUUAGGGCUAUGCGUCCACUGCUAUGUUGUUUCGUCACUUUUGAAGCAUAGCUGACUUCGCCUGUGGUUUUACCUCACACUGAGCGCACUGAAACAGUGAUUCUGUUGCUUGCAGGUGGUAGGGGGCCUUCUUUCUUUAACCUUUCCAUUCAUCUCCAUUUAUUUCUGCUCCUUUACGCACGCAGAUAACAUACAUACUGUUGUUGCUCUUUGUCCACAUGAUUCAUUCGUGCUAUGGCGGUGGUUUGGUUGUGCAGCUUUGCCGUCGUGAUCCCGCGUACAAUAGUACUUGGUUGUGUUUUUUGAUGCGAAGGAACGACUCCGACUGUAGCAGGAGGUGUCGGGGUAGUUAGCUGUUAGCAAACGCAGGCAGGAGGCUAUUUCGAAAUGUUAUAAAUUGUCUGGAAUAGCAACACCUUAUGCUGUACACUCUGUCUACUACACCUGGCUGGUCUUGCAACACCCGGGUCCUGUUGCAGAACGGAGUGUACGUUGCUGUGGUCGCUGUGCCUUGGCGGUUGCCGGUUGGUUUCGGAUCUCCUUCCAUUUAUCCUUUAGUCUUUUUUAGGCGUGAGAAGGCUUAGUCAGAUUGCUCUUUUGCGUUGGCGAUUAUAUUUGGUAGCGAUAAUCCCCAAUGGAGGACGUAAUGGUUAAGAGGACACUUAAAUCCGCCGGCGGUAGUGUGUUUGGUCAACUGUAGUGCUACAACUCGUUGUCAUGUACGUGCUACGGUAUUCCCGGUGCCAACACACCCCUUGGGGCUAUGCGGCAUUGUACAUGUUUACGCAUGCAGUCAGGGGCGGGUUAGUUAGCUAGGAUGGGCAUUUCAUUUCCCGUCUGCAAUAUUUUACAGAUGGGGGUGAUAUAUAGAAUGUUUUUUCCGGUAGAUCCGUUGUGUGGUGCACACUGCACAGUGAAUUGUAAGUGCCGCAUACUA